UCUAUAUAUAUUUGUGUCAGAACCCUGCUACUAGAGCCUGGAUGUGGCUCUGAGUUUCAGGGUCACUGACAUUGAUAAGACACCUGCGUCCCAGGACUCGGAGGAGAAACGGCUGAUGGACUUGGCGGGGAAUUUGCGCGGGGUUUUACUGAGCGGGAAGAGACUGUUCAAAUGAGGGGGAGGGUAUAUAAAGGAGGGUUGGCCGGAGCCUCCCAUUCUUGGCUUUUCUGAUGUUCAUGUUUCCUACAGUAAAAGUUCCUGGUGAUACCACAAAGAGUCUCGUGUGUUCAUUCAGGAGCGGCUGUGGUGAGCUGACACUAAGCCAAGAAUACGGACACCAUCCCGCUGUAGCGGUGAGGUGUAACAUGCAAGUGGAGGAUGAAGAGCUCUUGGGCGCCGGAGGAGGAAGGUCGGAAAGGGCCACUCCCGAGACGGACGCUGAGUUCCACCAGCUGGCGGCCCUGGCGUCAUCCACCGCUUAUGCCCAGCCAAAUGGGGUAACCCAGAGGCGCGGAGUGGUGCGGGGAGAUAGCACCGGAGGAGAGGAAGGUUCACCUUCCCCAGGCCCGCAAAAGAUGGUGUUUCUGGAGGAGAGGAUGUCGGCGAUGGAGACCACCCUGGCAGUGAUGUCGAGGGCGAUGGAGCGCCUGGCGGUUUUGGCGGAGCCGGAGCGAGGAAGGGAACUCCGGGCUAGCUCAAUGUGGGACGUGAGCAUGGGAAGCAGCCAGGGCUUUGCAGACCUCCCAGCACCGAAGGGAAGGGAAAUGCGAAAGGAGCCCGGUGCCCGGCCCAAGAUCCAAACGAGCCUGACACGGGUGGAGGAGAGUGACGACGAAGGGGAAAAGCCUCCGAGAAUCCCGGCUACGCUCCCAACUGAGACCCUGGUGCCCCUGGCGAAUGCCGGGCGUGGCACAGGACAAAGGGAAGCAGCAGCGGGGCCCACUGGCCCGCAAGGGGGCUUGCGACGGGCGGAGGAUUGGGGAUUGCCACCACAGGGACCCCUACCGAGACGAGAGGAACUAAGGAUCGAGUUUGGGGGAGAGUCCUCUGAACUGGAUUUUUUCCUGACCACGGUGAGGGGCUAUAUGGAGGACAAUGCCCACACUUUCAGAACGGAAUCCAGCCGGGUACGGGCCAUUGGUGCAGUGUUGAAGAGGGGAGCGGCCAGCUGGUACGUUCAACUACACGCGCGGCGCGACCCAUGUCUGGGGUCACUCCGACGCUUUAUGGGGGCCCUGGAGACCCGUUUCCGAGAUCCACUGGAGCAGAUCCGGGCGAGGGAGGAGUUGAAGACCGUCUCCCAGGGGCAGAGGUCGGUAUCUGAGUAUGCGGAGGAGUUCCAAUGCCUCGCUGAAAAGGUGCCGGAAUGGUCUGCAGUGACAAAGAUAGAACUCUUCAAAGAGGGGCUCAGGCGGGAGAUCCUCUCCUGGGCGGUGCAUCGUGAUGAGCCUGACACACUGCGCGGAUGGAUUCAGCUGGCGGGGCGCAUCGAGACAUCGCUGGCCCAGGCGAGGAGGCACCGAGGAGGGCUACAGCAGCGGCCGCAGAUGAAAGAGGGGAGCCGGAAGGAGGGAUCAACCCCAGCCGGGAGGAGAACGGAGCCGACAGGGAACGUGAGCACCAGCAGGAGGGGCUGCUUCGUGUGCGGCCGUUUGGGCCACAGGGCUGCCGAGUGCUGGCAGAGAAAAGGGGAAGGCGGAGGCCCGCCCAAACCAAGAGCCGUGGCAGGGAAACGCGCCGAGGAAGAACCACCGAUGAGGCACCACUCGGGGGGGUUGGACGAAGGGGAGGAGGACGCCAUGUCAGAACCCUGCUACUAGAGCCUGGAUGUGGCUCUGAGUUUCAGGGUCACUGACAUUGAUAAGACACCUGCGUCCCAGGACUCGGAGGAGAAACGGCUGAUGGACUUGGCGGGGAAUUUGCGCGGGGUUUUACUGAGCGGGAAGAGACUGUUCAAAUGAGGGGGAGGGUAUAUAAAGGAGGGUUGGCCGGAGCCUCCCAUUCUUGGCUUUUCUGAUGUUUAUGUUUCCUACAGUAAAAGUUCCUGGUGAUACCACAAA